AUGUACUCCACAGCCCUAAUCAGCGCUCUUGCCCUCGCUGGCACCGCUCUCUCAGUCCCCCUCUUCGUCCCUCGACAAACUACAGCCUGCUUCGUCGUUGGCUCUACCACCCUCCCUGCCGAAGUCCAAGACGUCGUAACCUCCCUCCAAGAUACCAUAACUUGCUCAUCCACUGUGAAAACCAUCUCCGGCGUCCCCGAUGUCACAUCUGGCAGCACAACCUUCUCCAGCAUCGACUUUAGCGCCUCCUCGUCCUCUCCCCUGGCCUUCGCGCUCUCCGAGUUCGCCACCGACACUCCUCUCGCCUCUACCGACCUCGCGCUCUUUCAAGACCAGCUCAACGUGUAUCUCGCUACGGAAGCGGGUAUUAGAAGUGUAGGCGGAGGAUUAGGGAUCAAGGCACCGAAGUUUUUCUUAGCCAUGCAGGUGGCGAGGAUCAAGACCGCGCAGGGGAUUGCCAUUACAGAUCCUGGACAGACCGUUGAGCAUUUACUCGGUAAGGUUACGAAGAACGCAGUGAGGGAGAGUCAGACGACACUAGAUCAGAUCACGGCUCUUGCGAGUCAGCUGGCUUAG